AUAGAACUUUGGCGUUGGCGUUGGCGUUGGCGUUUAUUAACAGCUGACUAUGAAUACGCACAAUUAUAUGAACAUGUCCACAUAUCAACGGCAACGCCAACGCCAAAGUUAUCGCACGCAAAAAGAUGGGCAUCUUUCAUCUUUUUGCGCGCGUUGUCAAUCAGCUGAUGGAUAUAAAUUUAAUGAAAAUUUGAGAAGGACCCGGCGAACAAAUUAAAUUGACUGAAUUUUCACUUAAAAACGUAAAAUGGAAGAUAAAUUAAUAGAAGCUGUCAGUGCGCACCCCUGCCUCUACGAUAAAAGCUCCAACCUUUUCCGAAACAAAUUUUUAAAGGAAAAGGCUUGGGAGAAGGUGGCACAGCUGGUGGGCGUAUCUGAAAAGCAUUGUCAAACGAGGUGGAAGUCUCUGAGGGACCGCUUCGUCCGGGAGACUGCUGCAUUAAAAGGGCGGUCGGGGGCUGCUGCUGAGGAAAUGCCAACAUGGUCGCACAUGGAGGCAAUGAGUUUUUUAAAAGAUCAUGUUGCUCCUCGAAGAACGUUUUCGAGCCUGGAUUUCUCCCAAACGGAUGGGGAUACAAUUAACAGCAACACACAGGACUCAGAGGUGGAGAAUUGCGAAGAAAUUAGUUCUCCAAGAGCCUCUAUUGACGCUAGCUCCAUAAAAAAAAAAAACGGGUCCGAAUGGAAGACAAGGCAAAUGAGAGAUUUGGGUCACUAUGUGAUGUAGUGAAUAAAUUCGUAGAAAGGCAAUCUGAAUCCGAAAGCUUUGAUAAAAGCCGCAAUUACGAGUUCUAUAAGGUUCUGGAUAGUUACUUAUUAAAGCAUUCAGAACAGAUACAAGAUACAUUGAAAAUGGAAAUAUUAAACUACGUAUUCAAUUACAAUUGUGUUUAAUUUUUUUUUUGUGAGCCGGUGCUUUAAUAAAUAGCUUUCUAGAACCUUAGAAAACUGAAUUUUUUUAGCUAUUAUUAAAGCUUUCGGGUUGCAGUUAAUUGUUACUAUUGUGCUGUUUGCGAAUCCGUAAUUGAUAACUUUCUGAAAUUGUUUUUGUACCUUACACUUAUUUGCACCUGUGUUCAAAAAAAUACUUUGUGAAAUUGUUUUUGUACCUGUGUAAUCGUAACUUAUUUACACCUGUGUUCACAAAUAUUGGAGUAGAAUUCAAAAUGAAAUUGUGUGCAACCUAAGAAUAUUUAUUUUUAAUAAUUUUCAUUUAAAUCAUAUUUUUAUUUAUAACCGAAUACGUUUAAAUCCAAGUUUCGAAU